AUGGACGGUAUAUUUGAUCUAACUACAGUUCUUACUUGUGCGGUGUCGCUACAUUUAUGGUAUUCACCUUAUACUAAGGUUGAGGAAAGUUUUACUUUGCAGGCCGUACAUGAUAUUUUAACUUAUGGUGUAUUUGACGUUUCGAAUUAUGACCAUGUCACUUUCGCCGGUGCUGUUCCGAGAAGUUUUGUUGGUCCAUUAAUCCUCUCAGCGCUUACCUAUCCGUUCAAUUUGACUAUCUCAAAAGAUCCGUUUAGAACCCAGAUGUUGGUGAGAUUUUUAAUCGGCUUAACGAACACUGUGGCGUUAAACAGAUUCAUUGUAGCUGCGAAGAAAGCCUUAACGAAAGAUCAGGAGCAAAAAAGUGGGAAGGAGGAGACUACAUCAACCACAAAGUAUACUAUUAGUGCAUCUGAUCUAACUAACUGGUUUGGAUUAUUCACUGCUACUCAAUUCCAUUUAAUGUUCUACAGUUCAAGACCUUUGCCAAAUUUUGUCAUGGCGUUACCAUUGUCACUAUUAGGUUUGUCAUGGGCUUUGGAAGAAAACUAUAGGUGGUCAAUUAUAUUAUUGUCCUUUACUGCUAUUGUUUUUAGAUUAGAAAUUGCUGUAUUGGCGGUUGGUGUAGCUCUGGGUGCCUUCUUUUAUGAAAAAAUCUCAUUGACAUCGAUUGUUAGGACCGGGUUCAUCGGUGCUGGAGCCGGAAUUUUCUUAUCUAUUCAAGUUGAUUCUUAUUUCUGGAACCGUUUAACUGUUCCUGAAAUCGAAGCAUUUAUAUUCAACGUUGUCCACGGAGAAUCUUCCAAAUGGGGUACCCAACCUUUCUUUGCAUAUUUGACGGGGUAUCUUCCAAUGAUGUUCAUCCCGCCAACUGCACUACUUUUGAACCAUCUAGGGUUCAAGAUUGGCCCAAAUUCAUUCAGGGUCGUAGGAAUUGCUGCAUACUUUCAUGUUUUAGUCAUGUCUUUGCAACCCCACAAAGAAUGGAGAUUUAUCAUUUAUUCGAACCCACCAAUUACAUUGCUAGGGGCUACUGCUGCUGCUUAUUUAUUCAAAAAUAUUGACAACAAAAGUGUUACUGGGGUAGCGGUACGUUUUGUCUUGUUAUUAACACCUUUGUUGUCGCUGUUUAUCUCUAUUGCGUUUUCAUACAUCUCCACUAUGAAUUAUCCUGGUGGAGUUGCCCUUGAAAACUUCAAUGAGAUCAUCAAGUCACAGAACAUCACAGAUGCUGUGGUUCAUUUAGAUGUCCCUGUCUGUAUGACAGGUGCCACUUUGUUUGGUCAACUUGAUGACUCUUGGAAUAUUACUUAUGAUAAGACAGAAGAUGGUACAUUGUCAUCUAAAUGGCCAUCAUUCAAUUAUUUGAUUACACCUAUAGAUAAUUCUUCCUUAAUCCCUACCGAAGACGGCAACAGAUGGGAAUUAAUAUCCAAAAGUCAGGGUUUUGGAGGUAUCAACACUGAAUAUUUGGUAAAAACAUUCACUGAACAGUAUGCUAAUGGCCUUGACCUUUAUGUCACUUGGGAAAGAAGCAGAGACUUUACUUUCAUCAAGGAGAUCUUUGACAAUGCAUUGGCUAUGAAAGAUGUUUUCUACACGUACCAAAAAGUCCCAAUCUUGUAA